AUGUCCUCAUAUGAUACCACUCGUGGUGUUCGAAGUCUUGAAGAGAAACGUAUUUGUCUGGCAAAAAAAGGGAAGACUGGAACAAACAAUGAGCUAGGAUAUCAAUCUGAACCUCUCUUUGGAAAUUUGUUCGAGUUUAGUGAUUAUGUAAUUGAUAGUCUUCAUAUGCGUUUAAGAAUUUUUGAUAUUCUUCUGAAGGAUAUUUUAGCCGAAGCAUCACGAACAGGGGAAUAUGAACCUGCACAUACUAGAAAAUUAGAAGAAAAAGUUGAAAUUUUAAACCAACAUUCUAUCUCUAAUAUUGGAAAACGCUUUUCCUUCAAAAUCGAAACAGAAAAUAAUGCAAAGACAAUCGUACCGUGCGGUCGUUUUUCUGGUCAUUUACAGGAACUGUUCUUUAUUGAUUCAUUUCCUUAUGACAAAAUUAUUCAAAAUGAGAACAUUUCUAAAAAUGCAAAAAAUUUAGUCAAUAAGUUCAAGUCCAUUCUCCAACUUACAAAGACAGAGAAAUCCAAACGAACAAGUAUUCUAGCUGAUAUAGCAAAAUCUUUUGUAAAAGAUUUUCGUCAAUCAGGGUUAAGAACCAGCUGUACACCUUAUAUGCACCUAAUUGGUACUCACUUAGCUGAGCAGGAUGAGAAUGAAGAUUUGACAGCAUAUGAUAUGCAAGGUGUCGAAAAGUCGAAUGACUUGCUCUCUCGUCUUUAUUUUUCAUCUAGCAAUCGAGCAAAAACUCCAUUAAAAACAAUGGUUCAAAAUUUAUAUAGGCGACUCGAAAUGAAUUUUACUGAACCAAGUGAGAGAAUAAAAAUGGGCCAAUAUGCUCUAAAUGGAAAAUUCAGCGAAACUGACAGCGAGAAAGAUGAUGAUAUCACAGAUGAUACAUUAAAUGCUUCUUUCAAUUUGGAUCAAUCGAAGGAAUAUGAAUGUCCUACUGGAGAUAGUGAGAGUGACGAACUUCUUUCUGUAGCAGAUGAAGAGAAUUUCGAUCAAACGCCAUCUUAUGUAAAACAAAGUUAUCGAAUAGUGAAUCGUAGCGAAUAUCGUUGGAAAAGCUUCAAAAAAACAUAG